GUUUUGUUAACUCCCCAUUCAUUCUCUCUUUCAACUUUCAACAGAACCCUCUUCUUUUUUCUUUUCUUUUUACCUUUUCUUUCUUUCUUCCUUUUUUUCCUUUGGUUCCAUUAUUAGCUCCAUUGAUUGUGGUAGUUGCAAACAUGGAGAGCACCCAUUUCUCUCCCAAGAAACAAGAAUCCGCAACCUCAACAGACAAACCCUCUCGCCAGAUUCUUUCUCCAACAAAAACAAACUCGGGUACUUCUGGGGUUCUUGAGAAGUUAUCAUCUGAACUACUGCAAACUCAAGAAUCGUUGCUAAGUACCUCAUUUCCAUCAUAUCCUCCUAGACAACAUGUUAAUGAUGGUAACAGUAAUACCAAUAAUAAGGAAGACAAGGAGGGUGCGUGGACGCAUAAUAAGGAUAACGGAAGAGAAAGGCUGAAGAGGCAUAGGGAAGAGGUGGCAGGAGAAGUGAGGAUACCAGAUAAAUGGAGUCAAGAGAGUUUACUUAGAGAUUGGAUGGAUUACUCUUCUUUUGAUAAGUUGCUGGCACCUGAAGGACUUGGCUUAGCUCGUGAAGCACUGAUAACUGAAGCACGUAGAGGCGGCGGCAGCUCCUCUCAGAGACUGAGGAUAGGCAGCAGGUGUUUUUUGAUGAAUUUUUAAGUUUAAGUAGAUCUAAUUAGCUACAUUAAUUCUUCUUGUUUCAUCACUAAGAUCUUGACUUUCACUUUUCAUGGUUUCAAAUAAAUAAAAGUGGAACCAUGUGAUAUUUCAAUUAA